AUGAAGCUCAUUGUUUGGAAUGCUAGGGGAGUAAAUAAUGAUGAUUUUCUAUCUCAUGCAUGGGGUCUUGUUUGUACUCAUAAGCCUGAUGUUUUGAUCUUGUUAGAAACAAAGUUUGAUGCUGGUAGAGCUGUUGAUCUUAGGAAACAACUUAAUUUUUCUGAGAAUAAAGUUAUUCCUGCUAGGGGGCUAAGAGGAGGGAUCUGUGUUUUUUGGAAAUCUACUCUGGAUUCACUUUACUACACAGAAGAUGAACAUAAAUUCCACUCCCUUUUUAAGUUCCAUAAUCAUCAGCCUGAAGUGUUAAUUACAGUGCAUGCACCUAGUAUUCCUAGGCAAAGACAUUCAUUUUGGAAUGAUUUGAAGUCUAAUCUCCCUCCUUCAUCCACUCCUUGGUUAGUUGUUGAAGAUAUUAAUGAAGUUACCUCCCAGGGUGAAAAGCGGGGAGGAAGAGCUUUUAGGUCUUCUUAUUGUAGGGACUUCAACAAUUUCACCGAUGCUGCUGGUCUAAUGGACUUAGGAACUGUUGGAAACCCUUACACCUGGGAAAAUGCUAGAUAUGGAAGAAGAGUUAUAAGGGAACGUCUUGAUCGUGCAAUCACAAAUGCAGCUUUUGUAGAAGUUUUUCCUCAGGUAAAGGUUACUACUCUUGUUAGAAAAUAUUCUGAUCAUAAUCCAAUUUUGAUUAGUCUAUGUGAUGAUCCUGUGAGAGGUCCAUUCCCCUUUAGAUGUAAAGAGGUUUGGUUGCAACAUGAUAGAUUUAAAUAUUUCUUUGUGUCCCAUUGGAAAGCCACUGAUCAAUGUCAACCCUUGUUGAUUGGUAGGAAUAAGUUUCUUUCUUCCAUUCCUUACUGGAACACAAAUGUUUUUGGGAAUUUGAAUAUGCAAAAAAAGAUCUUAUUAGCUAGACUCAAUGGCAUUCAACUUUCUUUAGCAAACAGAUAUUCUAGAUUUCUUGUUAAUUUAGAAUAUGAUCUUAUCCAUGAGUUAAAUCUUAUCUAUAAAAAAGAAAGGGUUAUUUGGGCUAAAAAGGCUGGCAUAAAUUGGAGUAAAUUUGGUGAUUUUAACACCAAAUACUUCCACACUCUUGCCAAAGCUAGGAAAAGUAGAGGGAAAAUUUAA